AGUUGACCAUUCCAUCAAAAUGGCAGGCUCCAUAAAGAAUGUCGUCUGGCAGUUGUCAAGAUUUCACCAGGCCCAGCUGUGUUUGAGGCAGUUGCCACGGUUUACCAGCUCUUCAAAAGCCUCGGGGACGGUUGAAUCAAAAACAGAGACAAAGACGAAAAAGGAAGCGGCUGCCGAAGCUCCUAAGCCAACGAGUCCCAUUGAACCUUAUACCUAUGAGGUGCCAGAGUACGAUGACCUGCUGUUCUACAAUGUAGAAUCUGACAUGGCAAAAUACCGCAUAGCUCAGCCAAUACCUGGAAAACCCUAAGACACUCAAACGACAACCACUCACUAGCCAGGUUUAUGGAGCCAUUCAAAAGUCAGGCACUCGUGGGUGCCAAGAACAUCCCUGCAGGCAUUCAACCACAAUCCAGUAGACCAGCCGAGCCCAACCAAUACCUGGAAAACCAUAAGACACUCCAACCAACUACAACCACUCACUGGCCAGGUUUAUGGAAAACCAUAAGACACUCCAACCACCUACAACCACUCACUGGUCAGGUUUAUGGAAAACCAUAAGACACUCCAACCAACUACAACCACUCACUGGUUUAUGGAAAACCAUAAGACACUCCAACCAACUACAACCACUCACUGGCCAGGUUAUGGAAAAUCAUAAGACACUCCAACCAACUACAACCACUCACUGGCCAGGUUUAUGGAAAAUCAUAAGACACUCCAACCAACUACAACCACUCACUGGUGUAUGGAAAACCAUAAGACACUCCAACCAACUACAACCACUCACUGGUGUAUGGAAAACCAUAAGACACUCCAACCAACUACAACCAAUCACUGGUGUAUGGAAAACCAUAACAGACUCCAACCUAACCAGUCACUGACCAGGUUUAUGGAGCCAUUCAAAAGUCAGGCACUCGUAGGUGCCAAGAACAUCCCUGCAAGCAUCCAACCACAAUUCACUCGUCCAACCCAUACCUGGAAAACUGGCCAGGGUUAUGGAGCAUCUCAAAAGUCAGGCACUUGAAGGCGCAAAAAAAAA